GCGGCGUCUGCGAGACCUCAGAAGUUCGAUUAUGGGCCUCGAAGGAACAUGCUUAUCUACCGUCAGCGGGUACCGGCUGAGUACCGCCUCGGCAAUGUUCGAACAGACGUGGGCAUUUUCUGGAGCCGAGGUGACCACGUGAUCACGCCGCCGAAUGUCCAGGAGCUCAUCCGGGAACUGGGACCACGCGUCACGAUGGACCACUUCAUCGAUGACCCCUACUACACGCACGCGCACUUCUUGGUCGCCCUGAACAACGCCGAAGUGUUGUUCGAGCGCCUGCUCGCCUUUCUGGAGAGAUACACCGCGACUGACAACGGCUGAAUAAAGAAA